AUGCCAACCAUCAACAGUGAGGAGUGGGAAAAUGCUGUUCGCCUCAAAGUUGGAUACAAUGGCAAUAUUCUGGUGACCUGCAUAAAAAAUGAUGUCAGAUACACAGACUUUUGUGUGGAGAUUAGAGACAUCUGCAAAUUUGAGGAUGCCCAGCCUUUCACUGUGAAAUGGAUAGAUGAGGAAGGGGACCCUUGUACCAUAUCUUCUCAGAUUGAACUCAAUGAGGCCAUCAGGUUGUAUGAGGUGAACAAGGAUACAGAACUCAACAUACAUGUUUUUCCCAAUGUGCCCGAAAGACCUGGACUUCCUUGUAUUGGGGAAGACAGAAACAUGUACAGGAGGGGAGCACGCAGAUGGCGCAAGCUGUACAGGGUUAAUGGCCACUUGUAUCAAGCAAAACGUUUCUCAAGAAAAGCUGUAUGUGCCUUGUGCCAGGACAGGAUCUGGGGGCUGGGCCGGCAAGGUUAUAAGUGCAUUCAGUGCAGAGUCACAGUUCACAAACGCUGUCACAAAGUGUACAAGAGGGCUUGUGGAGCCCCUGAGGAUGUGUCAGAGUUGAAACCCUCGCCACAGAACAAUGAAACAGUGUCUGCAGAAAAAUCAAAAUCUCCAAAUGGACAUUCAAAAGAUGGUAGAGCCUCAGUGAACAGUCCUGUAGAAUAUGGCAGUGAGGCAUCAGAUGUUGCAGAGAGCGAUAGGCUAAACCUGGACCAUUUCCAGCUCUUGCGGGUUAUUGGUCGAGGAAGCUAUGCUAAAGUCCUGCAGGUGGAGCAUAAGAAAACCAAGCGGAUCUAUGCUAUGAAGGUUAUCAAGAAAUCACUGGUGAAUGACGACGAGGAUAUUGACUGGGUGCAGACAGAGAAGCACGUGUUUGAGGCAGCCACCAAUUAUCCAUUCCUGGUGGGCCUGCACUCCUGUUUCCAGACUUCAAGCAGACUGUUUUUUGUCAUUGAGUUUGUGAAUGGGGGAGAUCUGAUGUUUCACAUGCAGAGACAGAGGAGACUACCCGAGGAACAUGCCCGGUUUUAUGCCGCAGAAAUAUGUUUGGCACUUAAUUUUCUCCAUACCAGAGGCAUCGUGUACAGAGAUCUGAAGCUGGACAAUGUGCUGUUGGACGCAGAAGGACACAUCAAGCUGACCGACUAUGGCAUGUGUAAAGAGGGUUUAAAACCAGGAGACACGACCGGGACCUUCUGUGGGACACCAAACUACAUCGCCCCAGAAAUCCUGAGGGGAGAGGAAUAUGAUUUCAGUGUGGACUGGUGGGCUCUGGGAGUGCUGAUGUAUGAGAUGAUGGCAGGGAGGUCGCCGUUUGAUACCGUGGGCCAUGCUGAUAAUCCUGACCAGAACACAGAGGACUAUCUCUUUCAGAUUAUUUUGGAAAAGCCAAUCAGGAUACCUCGGUCGCUGUCAGUCAAAGCAGCAGCCGUGCUGAAGGGAUUUUUGAAUAAGGUACCAGCUGAACGACUUGGGUGUCAUCCACAAACCGGAUUUACCGAUAUCCAGUCGCAUCCAUUUUUCCGGGCCAUCGACUGGGCCCAGCUUGAGGAGAAGUUGAUCGUACCUCCCUAUAAGCCCCACAUCCGCCACGAGAGAGACCUGGAGCACUUUGACCCUGCUUUCACUAAUGAACCCGUUCGGCUGACACCAGAUGACCAGAAAACCAUUGCUGCUAUUGAUCAGUCUGAAUUUGAUGGAUUUGAAUAUGUCAACCCACUGCUGAUGUCCAUGGAGGAUUGUGUUUAG